GAAGAAAUGGAAGAAAUAGGUAUUAGUCCAACCUGGAGCCAUUGAUGUUCCUUUUGGACUGUUCCCAUUAGUCCAGAACAUUUUCUAAGGUAAUUCUUGUUACGGGUUUCUUUUCUUCGUUCAGUCUACCUCAGGUGGUUAGCUGAAACCCAGGUUAACUCCCCUCUCUAGUUGAAGGACUGAGAGAGAGAGACAGACGUGCAGCAUUUACUAGGGCUGGGGCUGGACACUGGGAGUUGUGUCAAAGCUCAAUUUCCUGCCCUUGAAAAGAAAGCUGUGUAGGCCUCUGCAGGGUUCAUACAACCAGACAGCACAGUAGAGCUUCUUUUGCCGAGGGAGAGAGAGAUGGACAGCCAUUAAGAUGGUUUGAGAAGUAGGGAGGGAAAAGGGGAGAAAUAUUUGCAUCUCACACAUGUGGUGAGAUGACAUCCACACGUGUGGGAGAGGGAGAGGGGUUUGUUAAGGAAGUGAAAGGGUGACAGCUGGGCCAGUCAGGGAGUGGUCAUGAAAGCCUGAAAGCAAGAAGAGGAGUUUGCGUGGGUGUCUGUUAGAACACUUUGUUCUUUCUAGUUUUGUUUGCGCUCCCACCCCCGAUCCCCUCACUCUUUUGAACUCUCCUUUUCUACUCUCUCUUUCCUUCUCCCUUCUCUUCUGCUACUGCUUGUCUCUCUUAAUGGCCUUGCAACAGUGUGGUGGAAGUAAAGGCAUGGAAACCAGGUGUGGCUUUAGGAACUCCUCUUCCUCUCCUUCCUCUUCCAAGGGGGUGUUUGCUGACAUAAGUUCCCUCUCCAUCAACCCAACCACCUCAGCUGGGAAUCAUCACUGCACCAAGAGCUCUGAGAAGACCUCUUGGACCUUCCCUUUUAUGCAAAAAAGUGAGGUGGGGCACAAGUGUUCCGGUGGCAGUGAUGGCUCUGGAGAGAAGGAGUCCAGUGCUAUCGGAGAAGAGAGCCCAGACGGAGAGAACACCACCAAUGAGGGCUCCCUGGGUGGGAGGGAGACUGUUGACUGUGGUCAGUCAAAGCUCUGUGCCAGAGGCCAUUGGAGGCCUGCAGAGGAUUCCAAGCUCAGAGAGCUUGUAGCUAUCUAUGGUCCUCAGAACUGGAACCUCAUAGCAGAGAAGCUGGAGGGUAGAUCAGGGAAGAGUUGUAGGCUGAGGUGGUUCAACCAGCUGGACCCCAGGAUCAACAGGAGGGCCUUCAGUGAGGAGGAGGAGGAGAAGCUAAUGGCUGCUCACAGAUUGUAUGGGAACAAAUGGGCCAUGAUUGCAAGGCUUUUCCCAGGGAGGACUGACAAUGCUGUCAAAAACCACUGGCAUGUGAUCAUGGCUAGGAAGUAUAGGGAGCAGUCCAAUGCAUAUAGGAGGAGGAAGCUCAUGAGCCAAGCUGCCCAAAGGAGACUGGAGGAAGGUGCAGCAACUACAACUACAGCGGCAGCCUCUGGGUUUGGUCACUGUCCUUCUCCCUCCUUCACAUUUCCGGCUGCCAUCAAUGGCUCCAUUGGCUCACAUCACAUGACACUCGGAGUAGGGGAUUCCCUCUCAAGUCACAACGGCUUUCAUACCCAGCAAACGCCCUUUGAUUUCCUUUCUGGUAACAGGGCUCAUGACAAUGCCGAUUUCGGUAGCAACAGCUCCUGGGGUUGGCCAAGGGAUGUUUCUUUCAUGGGUUUUUACCAUCAUCCUCCAUUUAUAUUGGCAAUGCAACAGCCAAGCCAUGCAUCCCACUAUUCAGAUUCUACAGCCUCAGCCGCAUCCCGGGUUUCAGCUCUUGAAUCAUCGUCUUCCGAGGAGAACAAAGAGGGUGGCCGCUUCGAAGCCACCGUCUCACCAACUUUCAUAGAUUUCCUUGGAGUCGGAGCCACAUGAAGGGACAGAAAGACCAAGCCCAUAAAGAAGAAGAGGGUUAGUUUUUCCAGGGUGCAUGGUGGUUGGAAACCCGUAGGCCAUCAUGAGUAAAUAUUCUCUUAGCUAAGGUUCUAUGUAACUUUGACACCUGGUCCACUUCGGUUGAAACCUGGCCUUUUUUAUAGAUGAAAAGAAUUAGUCAAGUAGAUUACAUUGUUACCCUUCUAUAUUUUCUUUCUCUCAUCUAGUAGGAAGGACAAACUCACUGAACUCAUAAGAUACACAGAGCACAAUGAAGUGAGACUCCCUUGUGAUGUUUCUUCU